AUGACUAUUGGAACGGAAGUAUUAAUUACGGCAGAACCUCAUCUGAUUCCAGGUUAUACUGGUUAUUGUCCGCAAUAUCGAUUUAAUCAGGGUGAAACAUAUGCAAAAGCUACACAUAAAUUGUUGCUCGAUCCUGCGAUUAACCAUGCGAGUACGCUCAUCCUAUCAUCCCGUGCAAUAGAUUAUGAGGCAUGGAGACCGCCAAAAAGCGAUAUAAAUAUAGUCAAUGCUCGUUUCAAGAGAACCGAUCCUGUAUUCGUUCAUCCUAUGUUACCAGGAUAUGAGGGUUUCAUACCAGGCUCGAAUGCUAGAAUCGGACAGAGAUACAUGGUGCUCGCGACCGAAGGGCUUGCCAAAUUCGAACGGCAACAAUUACGAGCUAAGGCGACCCUAAAUCAGUUGAGAAAAACGAUCGACGUACAAAGUGGACGGGCUGAACCACGAAAUUUGGAGGAACGUUUGUUGAGUGAGAGUCAAUUUAAAUUACCCAUGUUAGUCGUGCGACCUGAAUGCAUACCAGCGAGGUACGCGACUCUCGUUCCUCAUACUUAUGAAUAUUUUGGAAAACCGAUCUCGUUAUGUGAUAGUUUAUUGUACGAUUUCACAAAUUGUCGGAAAGGACAGAUUAUGGAAUACGAGCCGGUGAAUAUUGCUUGUCCCGAUCCACCGGUACUUAUCCAAUCUUCUGAGAUUUAUCAUAAACACGUGGGAAUGAUACCGAAUUAUUUUGGGCAUAUUCCCGGAGCGAUGUUCAGAUGCGGCAAAACAUUCGGAGCUGACACGACAGAUGCCAAAAAAUGGCUUCAAGGAGACUCCGCCUUGUAA